AUGAUGAGUGCCAGAGCGAGUCGCCUCGCCUCGUCGACGACGGGAAGAGGGCACCACGCCUCCGCUCAGGAUCGGCGAGCAACCACGCCCUGCCGAUUCUUCCAGACGGGGUCUUGCACCAAGGGAGAAGCGUGUCCCUAUUCGCACAGUUUGCUGAACCGUUCUGUCGUGGCAUCUCAAGAGGACGAACCAAAGCGAGACGACUUCACGAGGACGAUUGAUGGCGCCUUCGUCCAGUUCGAAGCGGGUGCCCGCGUGUCAAAAAUCCGUCUACCCAGCGAUUUCUCUGCUGUCCGCAUCAGUGGGUUGCCGCUAAACACAUCAGAGAAGUCGGUUCGGGAUAUGUUUGCCGAAAGGGGGUUGCAUGUCAGCGUCGACGAUGUGCACAUGUUGCAGAUGGAAGGCAGUUGUGGAGCGUCCGUGAGAUCGGACGACGUAUUGUUUUCCAAAAAGACUUGUGCCAUUAUUCAACCUGGCUUCACGUGGGAGGGCGCCAGGAUAUAUGCCACGCCCAUUGCUGCACCCAUGCCGUCUGGACAUAACGCUCGACGCGUAGACUGCAAGAAGGUCCAUAUAUCCUGGCAUAAAGCAGUCAGGAAUGUCUGGAUGAACUUUGCCAGCGGCGAAGUUGCCCAGAGGGUGAGCGACUUGUUCUCAAAGGGCGCUUAUCGAAUAUUGAACCAAAAAGUCACCGCGGGGGCAGCCACUGAAGCCAGGCCAGCUUUUCAAUCGUGGUCACCGUCUAAGAACCGUGAAUCAUGGACUGUUAUGCUGACCGAAGUCCCAGCGACUGCGGAGAGGAGUGACAUCAUGGAUGCUAUUACACAAGAAAAGAACAGACCGCGCUACAUAGAAGUCGGCCUUCCAACGUACUCGGCCGACGCUGGACAGGCCACAACUAUUAUACGCUCGCUUCUGACGAAUGUCGGACCUUUGGAGUACUUUGAGGUCAUGCUGGAGACGAACGCUAGGCGAGUCAAAGCAACCGCGCGCUUCUUGGACGAGGAGGACGCUCGAAGAGCUGUCGAGCAACUUGACAAAAAGGAGCUCCCUUUUCAUCCCAAAGCGCGAUUGACGGUCCAGAUGGUGUACUCGGCCAAGUUCAAGACUGGCACCAACAUCUAUGACGCUGUCUGCCCCAAGAUCUUGCCCCAGCAGAAGAUUUGGAAAAAUCAAAAUAUUACCUUUAGGGCAUACAACAGCACCGAUCCCCUACGGAGAUUCAGGCUCUUGAAGAUUGAAGGCGAAUCGGCAAAUGAUGUUGUUGUGGCUAAGGCUGACCUCGAGUCUAUUCUUGCUGGCGUCGUUGCGAAGGAGAACGGCAUCACCCUCUGGGACUCCUCCCUCAAAGCGAACGGCAAACUUUACCAAGCGAUCAAGAAGCUGGAAAAGGAGUGUUCCGUAGUUAUCCUUCGAGAUAAACUCAAAUCUGAGCUGCGUCUCUUUGGAGCUCAGGAUUGCUGCGAAGUAGCGCAGCUUCGGCUGGCUGAAUUGAUACGCGUUGAGUCGCUCUCAACGUCCACUCGAGCUAUUGAGCUCGACCCUCACAAGUUCUUCUGGGCCUGCCAUGGGGGUUUCAGAAAGAUUGCCACACGGCUCGGCCCCGAAAAGGCGUCAUUUGACAUCAUCUCCACGCCCAAGAAGAUUGUCAUCUCGGGCCCACUGGAAGAUUAUGAUGUUGCCCUGGCAAUCAUCGAAGGCAGAGAGCAAGUCGCAGAACCAGUUGAGCUGCUCGAACCCGGCGAGGCCGCACAAGAGUGUUCGGUUUGCUGGACGGAAGCUGACACUCCCAUCAAGACUGCUUGUGGCCAUGUUUAUUGUCUGGAAUGCUUCGAAAGAAGCUGCAUAGUGGGGGACGUGACUACCGCAGCAUUUGCUGUUCUUUGCCAUGGUAAUAAAGGCAAUUGUAGGAGCGUCAUAGGAGUUGAGGACCUUCAGGAGCAUCUCUCUUCGGCCGUGCUCGAGGAUGUGCUUGAGCGAUCCUUUUCAUCCCAUAUCAAGCGUAACCCUAACGAGUUCCGCCACUGUCCCACUCCAGACUGCGGCUACAUCUAUAGGGUCACAUCGGACUCGAGAAUCCAGAACUGCCCCAACUGUCUUAGACCGACCUGUUCCGCUUGCCACGAGCCUCAUGUCGGCAUGUCGUGUGCAGAACACCAUUACUUGAUGUCGGAAGGCUACCAGGAGUUCAGGAAGCUCAAGGAAGAUCUGGGUAUCAAGGACUGCCCAAUGUGUAAAACUCCAAUGGAAAAGAUCUCGGGGUGCAACCAUAUGACGUGCGCGGUCUGCAACUGCCACAUUUGCUGGGUUUGCCUGAAGACUUUUCCAAGCAGCGACCAAGUCUAUGACCAUAUGGCUGAGUUGCAUGGAGGCCUUUAUGACGUGGCAGAGGUGCCCAUGUAA